GGUCUCAUUGCAUAUUGUGGUUAUAAAAGUUACUUUAAAAAAUAUUAUAAAUUAUAACUUAAAAUCGUGACUUUUGGUGAUUUUACAAAAUUAAAUUGCUUUACACUUUACAAGCCAUGGCUGACCAAGCCGAAGUUCAGUUGCAAGUGCGUUUUGUAACAAAACAGGAACAAUAUGCAGUACCAGAUAGUCCAUACGCAAUUCAAAGUAAUGUUCAGUCACCGGAACUAAAUAAUUUGCUAAAUGCAAUUUUAAAAGAAACCAAACCUUUGAUUCAGAAAGUGGUUGAAUUUGAUUUUUUGGUAUGUGGCGAACUACUGUGUACAUCUAUAGCAGAACAUUUGCAAGAAAAGGGGAUUUCAACAGAAGAUACUUUAGAGAUCGAAUAUCUUGAAAGAUUUCCGGCUCCCAAACCUCAAGAAUGUUUAAUGCAUGAUGACUGGGUAUCAUCAGUCCAUACUCAUGGCAGUUGGAUUCUCUCAGGCUGUUAUGAUAAUAGCAUCCACAUUUGGACUACAAAAGGUCAACAUAAGCUGGCGAUUCCCGGACACACCUCACCAGUUAAGGGUGUUUCAUGGGUAUCAAUUGAUGGUGACCAGGCCAGUUUUGCAAGUUGCUCACACGACCAGUCAGCAAUGCUAUGGGUGUGGAAUGUGGCACGCAAUUCUGUUGAUUGUGUAGUCACUUGCCGAGGUCAUGAUAAAGGAGUAGAGUGUAUUGCAGUGGCAGUUGAUGCAAAACACUUUGCUACUGGCAGUUGGGACAAUAAUAUAUGUUUAUGGAGUGCCAGUUUAACAGAUGAAGACAAUGUGCCUGCGAAAAAGAGGAGUAAACCAGAACAAGGAAAUUCCAGGACACCAAAGUCAACACUGAAAGGCCACAGAGAAGCGGUAUCUGCGGUCAAGUGGGUGGACUACAACACACUACUGUCUAGCAGCUGGGACCAUCUGCUGAAGUUGUGGGACUGUGAACUUGUGGGAAUUAAACAAGAAAUUGCUGGUAACAAAGCAUUCUUUGACGCUGAUUGGUCGCCGCUGAACAACAGCAUCGUUACAGCUUCCGCUGACCGACAUGUCAGAAUUUAUGAUCCAAGAUCCACAGAAAGUAUUGUGAAAACAACGUUUACAUCACACUCUGGCUGGGUGCAGUCGGUGCGCUGGUCCACCACCAGGGACACACUCUUCCUCUCCGCAGGAUAUGAUGGACAGGUCAAACUCUGGGAGACUAGGAGUCCAAGAACACCGCUGUAUGAUUUAACAGGUCAUGAAGACAAAGUGCUCUGUUGUGACUGGUCUAACCCAGCGCUUCUUGUCAGCGGCUCCUGUGAUAAUACUGUUAGGAUAUUCAAAGCGAAACAUGCAACGGCAUCUGCAUGAUUUCAGAUCAAGUGCUAAGUGACCAAGGAACUAUCGCAGUUGAAAUUUUAUACACAUGUUUUUUUUUUU